AUGUUUCUUGUCAUGGCGGCCUGGUCACGUGUGGCUGUGCUGAAUCUUUACCGAGCUCUCCUGCGCGAGGGCCGCAAUCUCCAGUACACUGACCGUGACUAUUACUAUAGAAUCAUCAAGAGGGAGUUCAGAAAGAACCAGCAACUCGCCAAGGAGGAGGAAAAAGUUAAGCAAUUGGAGAAAGGCAUCUACUUCCUGAAGAGCAAGCUCGGAGGCCUGGUGUAA